AUGGGCUCCGACGCUCCGGAAAAGGCCGUAGUGGCCCACGAUGUCGACCAAGCCGUGGGAGAUGCAAAGACUGCACACCCAAGGCGUGUCAGCCUCGUUGCCAACGUCGAGGGCGAGAUCGAGAAUCCCCUCAGGGACAUUUCUCGCCAUGAGCUCCUCGAAAAGGUCGCCCGGUUCCACAAGGACAAGGGCCUGCCGGAUGACGUGCUGCCGCUUCUGCGAAAGGGCGCGCUGGUUGCCCAGAAUCCCGCUGGCUUCGAGGCCAUUGACGACCUGGAUGAGUCGGACAAGAUUGCUCUCCGCGAGGAAACAAGCCACAGGUGGAAGCAGCCUUGGCCCUUGUACUACACCAUCAUCCUCAACUCCAUUGCCGCGGCCAUCCAGGGGUGGGAUCAGACGGGCUCAAACGGUGCCAAUCUGAGCUUUCCAACCGCCCUGGGCAUCCCGGACAAUGCCGGCUCCUCGUGCGGUCCCGUGGCCAGCGAAGGCGACUGCGCCGCGAACAGCUGGAUCAUCGGCUUCAUCAAUGCCAUGCCGUACAUUACCAUUUGUCUCUUCGCGGGUUGGAUUUCCGAUCCCCUCAACAGCUUGCUCGGCCGCCGGGGCGUCAUUUUCAUCGCCGCCAUCUUUUCCCUGCUGGCGCCCUUUGGCAUGGGCCUGUCUCAGACCUGGGGCCAGCUCGCAGCCUGCCGGAUGCUGCUCGGCAUCGGCAUGGGCCUGAAGGAGGUCACCGUGCCCGUCUUCUCCGCCGAAAACUCGCCUGCCAUCAUCCGCGGCGGUCUCGUCAUGUCGUGGCAGAUGUGGACGGCUUUUGGUAACUCUGCGCAACUCCCGCCCACGCGCCACGCCCGUCAACGGCAGAAGAAUGCUAACCGCGCCGGCUCUGCAGGCAUCUUCCUGGGUACCUGCGCCAACCUCGCCGUCGGCAGGACGGGCGACAUCGCCUGGCGCCUGCAGUUCGCGUCGGCCUUCAUCCCGGCCGUGCCUCUGGUCGUCGGCGUCUAUUUUUGCCCCGAGAGCCCCCGAUGGUGUCUCAAGAAGAAGCGGUACGACCAGGCCUGGAGGUCGCUCCUCAAGCUCCGAAACACGCCCAUGCAGGCGGCCCGAGACAUGUUCUACAUCCACUGUCUGCUGGAGCAGGAGGACGAGCUCGUCAAGGAGGCCGGCCUCAAGGUCACCAGCAACAUCUUCACCCGCUUCGUCGAGCUGUUCACCAUCCCGCGCAUCCGGCGUGCCACGUGGGCGUCUGGCAUCGUCAUGAUUGCCCAGCAAAUGUGCGGAAUAAACAUCAUCGCCUUCUACAGCAGCACCAUCUUCAAGCAGAGCGGCAUCGACGACUACACUGCCCUCUGGGCGAGCUUCGGCUUCGGCCUCAUCAACUUUCUCUUUGCCUGGCCGGCCGUGUGGACCAUCGACACGUUUGGUCGACGUGCGCUGCUGCUCUUUACCUUUCCCAACAUGUUUUGGACGCUCCUCGUCGCCGGUCUCUGCUACUUGAUCGACAAGGGCGUUGAAAACAGCACGGCGCGAAUCGCCUCGGUCGCCACCUUUGUCUAUCUGUUUGCCGCCUUUUACUCUCCCGGCGAGGGCCCCGUCCCCUUCAUGUACUCGGCCGAGGUGUUCCCGCUGUCGAACCGCGAGGUCGGCAUGUCCUGGGCCGUGGCGACAAACAACUUCUGGGCCUCCGUGCUCUCGCUCACCUUUCCACGCAUGCUCAUUGCCAUGACGCCCACGGGGGCCUUUGGCUUCUACGCCGGCCUGAACCUCGUGGCCCUCGUGCUCAUCUUCCUGUUUGUCCCCGAGACGAAGCAAAAGACGCUCGAGGAGCUCGACUACGUCUUUGCCGUGCCCGACCGCACCCACGCCAAGUACCAGCUCGGGACUGUGCUCCCGUGGUGGUUUCGGAGAUGGUUCCUCUGGCAUCGAAACGAGACAUGCCCGCCCCUGUACCACGAGGCCAACCAGCAGACGGGCAAGUCGUGA